AUAAGAGCGACGCUUUUUGGGGGCGUCCAAAACUUUUCGAACGUAACUGUGAGCUUUUGCGAACUUAUCGUUAAUGAUGCGCGAUUUAUCUCAAGAUUUCAGUAUCUCAUUUGACGCAGUUAAUGUGCUUACAAGUUUAAUGCUGAUGUAGAUAUGGAAAUUUUUCGUACCCUGGGAUUUAUUCUGUUGUUGGACAUUGUGUUCAUUAAUGAUUCAAAAGCGUUAAAAGAUGUUUCGGUGAUAGUACCUCAGGCUGUGGUAGUUGGGGAUUCGGUGUCUCUACACUGCCGUUUUAAUCUGGAAGGUGAGCCUUUAUAUACGGUUAAAUGGUAUAAGGGGCAAAGCGAAUUUUAUCGUUAUCUCCCAAAGGAGCUACCGAAUACCCAAGUCUUUCCACUUUCCGGCAUUGCCGUUGAUUUAAGCAAUUCGAGUCCAAAUCAGGUGGUCCUUCGGGACGUGCAGACGAUCUCGACGGGAAGGUACAGAUGCGAGGUUUCCACGGACGCGCCGAAUUUCUUCACGAAUAUCGAAACUGGGUACAUGUACGUAAUCAAGAUGCCGAGUGGGACACCUCAGAUCAAAAUCGAAAAAGAUUCGUAUGAAGUUGGAUACACUUUAAGUGGAAACUGCUCCUCGCCACCUGCAUACCCACACUUUAAUUUAACUUGGUUUAUAAACGACAAAAUGGUGAAUGCAACCUCGGUGAUGUAUCUCCCCGAUCCGAACGCUAGCGAAAGUCAACGUAUGCCUAAAAUCACCGUCGCGAGGUUCGAACUGGAAAUCGACGCCAACACCUUCUACGAAGGGAAGGUGCGUUUGCAAUGUCUGGCGUCGCUAUUUAACAUAUAUCAAUCGCAAACGGAGGUUAUUUUAGAAGAGGAACGGCCGAAACCGAGACCUUCUUCGGUGCUGGGAACGCGCAGUAAUGUCGCAGGUUUGGUGACAAAUUCGCGUCGCGCUUGUUUAAUGAGUAUCGUUUUGCUGGGACUCAUUUUGCGGUAACGUUAAAGGUAAGGUGCUUAAAUAUAUAUGCAGUGCUCUAAUUAGAGAUACUUUGGUGUGUACAUAUAGGUACAUAAAUAAACGUGGGUGCGUUAAAGACAAACUGUGCUGCAAUUACCUAUGUAAAUAUUGUUAUGGUUGAGUGUCAGUUAUUAUUAUGUGCUUACAAAAGGAGAAUUUGCUGUCGUCCACAUUCUCUAUAAAAAUAAUUAAAGUUGGAGCUCGGGAUUUAAUUAAAGCUAAAUCUACCCAGAACCGUAAUUGAGUCGGCUACAAUAGGUACUGAAUUAAUGUCAAAUAGAACAGAAUUGCAAGAAAUAUACCCCCUCGGUCGGUUUUUCAAUUUAGAUAAACCAUUGAUUUUAAUAACAUCGGUACGUAUAUGCGAGCUUUACGGAUAAAGUUAUUGUAUGGAUGGCUUCAUUAGCCGACAUACAGAAAAAUAAAUAAUUUUCUUGCAUCAGGGUAAAUUUACAUAAAAGUUUGUCGGUUAGGGCAUCAUCGCAAUUAUGCAAGGAUUAAAGAUGCCCCUAUUCAGCUGCAACAUAAUAGCUGACACAUCAACGUUUCUAUGCGGAAGAAAAGUAGUUAUAUUGUAAAUAAUGGAAAUAUACUUUCUUCCCCUAGCCAUAAUCAUUAUUAAGUAUGUAUAUUUGAAUUUGCUACCAUACGUAGUUAGUAAUAUUUGUUAUUCAGUGUUAAAUUUAAAUUGUAAAUAAAAGUAGGU